AACAUGUAACUCAUUCACCAACCCCCUAAACCAAUUCUGCUAAACUACAAGCACAGUUCCUGCUUUACACUCAAAUUGCAGUUCUAAAACACACUUUUUUCAAAACACUACACACAAUUCUCUGCUUUUGGCACAAUUUUCAUGCAGAAAAUAUCUUGUUUUCACAAGGAACACACUGCCAUUCAAAUAUGCACACUGACUCAUCACAAGGGCAAACGGUGAGGGAGGCUGGGCAAAGAGUACAGCCACAUUUGAGCAGGUACACUGUAGCAUCCAUCAUCCGGACUUUCCGGAAUGAGAAUAGGUAAGAAAUCUACUCUCACUAGAAAAUUGCAGUACUGCAUAUCAAUACAGUACUCAAUGAGUACAGUAGUACAGUAUUGCCUGUGGACUGUUCUGUAGGACUGUAAAAAUACUGUAAAGUAUGUUUCAAGUAUUUAGGAAAUGUAUACCUACUUUGUAUUUACAGUAUUUUACUAUUUGUUUGGCAGAACUGAAAGAUUACCAACACAAGGUGGUCGGGAACGUGUUCUGUCUCCUGAACAGGAAACUGAAAUCAUGAACAUGGUCCUAGAAAACAACGCCAUAACAUUACGGCAAAUACAAAGAAAAAUAAUAGAAAACAAUGACAUGUUUCAAAAUAUUGAUAGGGUAAGCUUAUCAACACUGGACCGUGUCUUGCGCAGAAAUCAUCUCCGGAUGAAGCAGGUCUACAGGGUGCCAUUUGAACGCAAUUCAGAAAGAGUCAAAGAAUUGCGAUAUAACUAUGUGCAAAGAGUCCUUGAGCUAGAGGUGGCUGCAGUGGAGCACCAGUUCAUCUUCAUUGAUGAGGUUGGGUUCAACCUCACAAAAAGACGAAAGAGGGGAAGGAAUAUCAUCGGCCAGCGUGCCAUUGUUGAAGUCCCUGGCCAGCGCGGAGGGAACAUCACAAUGUGUGCAGCGAUUACCCACCAGGGCGUCAUCCAUCACCAUGCUACCCUUGGCCCCUACAACACCGCCCAUCUGAUCACAUUCCUUGACACCCUACACAACACACUCAUUCCACCAGAUCAGGUAGAUGGCCCAGAGCAGCUCAGGUACGUUGUCAUUUGGGGUUGUCACAGGGCUGCUCUGGUUCGUAACUGGUUCACUGCCCACCCACACUUUUUAGUUGUCCAUUCUCCAUUCCUCAAUCCUAUUGAGGAAUUUUUUUCUGCCUGGAGAUGGAAAGUGUAUGACCGAUAUCCACAAACGCGUAUAACUCUUCUCCAAGCUAUGGAGGACGCAUGUGGAGAUAUAGCAGCUGAUGCUUUUCAUGGCUGGAAUUGCCAUGCUAGGCGAUAUUUCCCCGCUGCUUGGCCAGGGAAAACAUUGCUUGUGAUGUGGAUGAGGUGCUGUGGCCAGACAGCAACAGAAGAGAGGAUGCAGCAUAGAGUUCUGAGAAUAUGA